CGGGAAUCCCGCGACGAGAGUCAACGGUUUAAAAUAAAUUGUUUUUAAUAUAAAUUUGCAGUGCACAGCUUAAAGUUGUACCAGUGAUACCAGUUACAAAAGUAUUUUAAGGUUUAAAUCAAAUAAACAAUCUAAACACAAAACUCCAAAAAAAUGGGUAUUAAAAAUAUUUCUGUCCUUUUUAUAUUGACUGUGAUGUCAUGUGUUUUGAACUGUGAAGUUAUAUCAGAUUCUAUUUUUUUCCCAGAAUCCGGUAAUGGUAAAGUAGUGAUAUGUUACAUGACUACCUGGUCAAUAUACCGCACGGAAGACGGCAAAUUCAAAAUAUCUGACAUUGAUCCGUCACUUUGCACUCAUGUCGUAUACGCAUUCGCCGGAUUUGACGAGAACAAGAAUACAGUCAAGAGUCUCGACCCCGGUCUCGACAUAGGUGGUCAAUUCGAGGGCGGAGGGUAUAAAGCUAUGGCAGCUUUAAAGGAAAAGAAUCCUAAUUUGAAAGUGCUUCUCUCCAUCGGAGGGUGGAAUGAAGGCUCGUUAAAGUUCUCUAACUUGGCUGCAUCUUCCACCUCCAGAAAAACAUUUAUCAAAAGCUUACUUGAUUUUCUUAAUACCUAUGGAUUUGAUGGUAUAGAUAUGCAUUGGAAGUUUCCUACGCAGAGGGACGGCAGAGCAGAAGACAAGGCUAAUUGUGUGACUUUGAUGAAAGAAAUCAAAGAAGCUUUCACACCUUAUAGAUAUAUUCUGGCAAUGUCUCUUGGUGCACAGUACUACGUGAUGGAGGCCGCGUAUUCUUUGCCCGAGCUAAACAACUACGUGGAUUACUUUAUCGUAUUAGCUUAUGAUUACCAUGGUGCAUGGGGCGGAGUAGUCAACGCUAAUGCACCCCUUUAUGGCUUGAAUAAAGAUGAUACGUUCAGUAUUGACAAAACACUGAGAUAUUUGAUAUACCAAGGAAUCAGGCCAGGGAAAGUGAUAUUAGGCUUACCUCUGUUCGGUCGUACGUUCAUUCUCGAGAAGCCUGAUACAGAAGUGAUUGAAUUUGGUCGUACUCCAAUCAAGAGUGAAGGAUUCGGCGGACCAUACACAAAGGAACUUGGUUUCAUGGGUUACAAUGAGAUCUGUAUGGAACUUACGAAGAAUGAUAAUAACUGGACACGUCUUUGGCACGAGAAAACAGCGACUCCAUACCUCCGUAAUGGAGACAAAAUCAUCACGUAUGAUAACGCGAGGUCUCUAGCGGCCAAAGUAAAAAAAGCAAUGGAAUUCAAUCUUGGCGGGGUGAUGGCUUAUUCCAUAGACACGGACGAUUUCAAGGGUUUGUGUGACAAGGAGCCUGACUAUGUUUCAGUAUCCUUUAAAGGACUGCACAACUUCGUUGAAAAGUUCAAUCGUCUUGCAAGUAAUCCGGUACUGCAAAAAGUACUCAAGAAUCUUAAUAUCCCAGACGCGCAAAAGCUGGCAAGUUUGAGUAAAUCGACAGAAAUUGCACACAAGAACCAUCUCUGGACAACGGAGUCGAUUCCGAGUUAUCCAUUGCUCCGAGCUAUAGUCGACUCUUUAACUCUAGCUACUGAAGAGAAGAUAGUCAUGACUGACAUGGUUACUCUUAUUAAUGAAAAGCCACAUGUUGGAAACAAUGCUGUAACAACUAACAGCAUGUUCACAGUCGUCUGUUAUUUCUGUUUCCUUUAAAUAUUAAUAUAAUAGUUGAUAGUAAAUCAAGAAGAAUAUCAUAUAAGGUUAAUAAUACGAGCUCAUGCGCACAUAUUUUAAUACCCAAUGUGUAGCAACAAAUAAAAUUGACUUAUUGUGAUUUUCUAGUUAUUUUUUAACUUCUGCAGAAAUGUUUUUAUU